AUGGACCAUGCUAUAGAGCAAUUGACUGAGGGGCUCGCGCACCUACGAUGUGCCGAUGCCCCUUGUACGGAGACUACGACGCAAGACCAAACCCCUCUUGUACACGAGCUGCACCGCCUGCUCGACCGCGGCGGUGGCGAGGUGCUCCUCGCGCUUGUUGCCGGCGCCGAUGCCAAGGUGCACGACACGAUCGUUUCGGUCGAGGUGCCGUGGGAGAUGCACGAUGUCUGCAUUGAGCACCUCGAGAAUGCUGCGCGUGCGCUCGACGCGUGUGCCACGCGCCAGUACGCGACGCCCCACCGCCACUCGGUCGUGUUGAUCCGCGCCGCGCCCCGCGCGGUGGAGGACCACAUCGAGGUGCGCGUCGCGAUUGUCGGCAAUGUCGACGCCGGCAAGAGCACGAUGCUUGGUGUGCUGACCAAGGGCGCGCUCGACGACGGCCGCGGCAAGGCGCGCGUCGACCUCUUUCGGCACAAGCACGAGCUGGACACGGGCCGCACGUCAAGCGUCGGCACCGAGGUGAUGGGCUUCCGUGCCGACGGCCGUGCGGUGGUCGAGCUGCGCGACGAGGAGAACGUGCGCAAGGUGCCGUGGGAGGUCGUCUGCCGCGAGGCUGCCAAGGUUGUGUCGUUUAUCGAUCUUGCGGGCCACGAGCGGUAUUUGAAGACGACCGUCUUUGGCAUGACGUCUGGCCUACCCGACUAUGUCGUGCUGAUGGUCGGCGCGAACGCGGGUCUGAUUGGCAUGAGCAAGGAGCACCUCGGCAUCGCGCUCGCGCUCGGCAUCCCCGUGUGCGUCGUGGUGACCAAGGUGGACAUGUGCCCUGCGCAUGUGCUCGAGGCGACCAUGAAGCAGAUCAGCAAGGUGCUGCAGUCGCCCGGCUGCCGCAAGACGCCGGUCGUGAUGGACUCGAUGCAGGCCGUGACGGACGCGGCGGCGCAGCUGCCCGUCGAGCGCAUCUGCCCCGUGUUCCAGGUGAGCAACGUCACCGGUGCGAACCUCGGACUGCUGCGCGCCUUUUUGAACCUGCUGCCGUCGAGCCAGGCACGGUACGCGCCCCUGCAGCACGCGCCUGCCGAGAUGCCCAUCACCGACGUCUUUAGCGUGCCGUUCGUCGGCACUGUCGUCUCGGGCGUGCUCACAGCCGGCGUCGUGAACGUGGGCGACACGCUGCUGCUCGGCCCCGACAGUCUUGGCCAGUUCUUCCCGACGGCCGUGCGCUCGAUCCAGCGCAAGCGCGUGAAUGUCGAGUGCGCCAGCGCCGGGCAGUCGAUCAGCUUUGCGCUGAAGCGCGUGCGGCGAAACCAGGUGCGCAAGGGCAUGAUGCUCCUCGCGCGCACCUCGGUCCCCCCGGUGGUGCACCAAGAGUUUGAGGCCGAGGUGCUGUGUCUGUACCACAGCACCACCCUGUCGCUCGGCUCGUGCAUCGUGCUGCACGCCGCGAGCAUCCGCCAGACUGUCAAGAUUGUCGCGAUCGCCAAGGCCGAUACGCGGACGACGCACUAUGUCGACGAGAGCAAGCCGGUGGUGCGCAUGGGAGACCGCGCGCGCGUCCGCCUGCGGUUCAUGGCCGCCGCCGAGUACAUCACGCCCGGCACCAAGCUCAUUGCCCGCGAGGGCAAGACGCGGCUCGUCGGUGUGGUGCGUGGCGUGAGCGAGGGCAUGAUUCUGCGUCCGACGCUCCCCCACGACCGCCUCGGUGCCGGGGGCGCGGGCCCUGCGACGUUUGCCGUGCCUCCAGCGACGCGGUUAUCGGGAACAGCGUAG